AUGCCGACCAUCCCCCUCCACCCACGGGCUCUUGCGCCGUCCUCGUCCGCCCAUGCCUCCAAUCCGCUUCCGCCGCUCCUCCGCACGCCCUCGGGCCUUGCGCUCCUGGAGCUUCAAGGCGAUAUUCGAUUCCCGCCAGCGGCCGCGCAGGCCAGCACUCAAGUCGGCAAGCUCGUGUUCCCACUACACAACCCCGACCUCAACGGCGAAGACGACACGAAGUGGAUGAAGAGGGUGUACUUGUACGUGGGCAAGAACCAGAGGAUGGCCGGCGAGGUGAAGAAGCUGGGCAAGCCGUUUGCGGUGAUCAAGAAGAGGGAGGCUGUAGAAAGUGAAGAUGCAGUCAUGGGUGGCGCUGAGGCGGCAAGCACGGGUGAAGAGCUUGAGAUUGUCGAGAUUGUGAAGCACAAAAUUCUGUUCGCAACCCGGCCCGAGCCCGUCGGUGGU